CAACAAUACAGCCAUAAGACAUUAAGCGCCAGUGAUCUCUUCUAUGACCUGGAGAAGAACAUACACUUCUAUGAAAAUGGCAUCGCAGCGUAUUGCAUUCAAAGUGUCUGGCACGGUUCAAGGUGUUGGAUUCCGGGACUUUACCCAGCGAAGAGCAGCCGAAUAUGACCUAAAAGGCUGGGUUAAGAACACUCACUGUGGACGGGUAGAAGGAGAAGCCCAAGGGACCGAAGAAUCCAUCCAGAAGCUACUGAAAGAUAUCAAUAAUGGGCCUCGUCACGCGCAUGUCGUCAAGUUGGAGAAAAAGCAGAUCACUCCGAAAGAUGGCGAAGUAGAAUUCGGGUUCAUGAAGACAUCGGAGUCGGGAUAUGAGGGGACGCAAUGAUUGCUGUUUUGUCUCCGUGAUGGUUGUAUGUUAGAUGCGUAAAAUUAGGGUACGAGAUAUAUUGAUUCUUUUCUUUUUCUUUUGCUGUCAUGGAUGACUCGAGCGAUGUGUUCUACUCUGUCUCGACUCCUCAGUAAAAUCCUAGCAUUUAGAUGGA